AUGGAUCCCACCCUGCUGAUCCACGACGUCCAGGAGAAGGAAGUCACCAGCGUCAAGCCGCCAAGCUUCCCUCUCCCCAAAUCCGGCCUCACCGGUUUCCCCGAGCACAAGAAGCGCACACGCAUCUCCGCCUUCAAGCAAAAGAAACAAGCACAGGAGGCCGCAAAUGCAGCCGGCCCGGCUCCAGCUCCCGCUCCCGCUCCCGAUGCUGCUGGCUCGUCCUCCCAUGCCCCGCCAGCGUCGACCGCGACAGACGAGAGGAGAAAGAUCGACCUCGAGAACAAGGAGAGGAUACGAAACAUGUCGCCUACAGAGAUAGCAGAGGCUCGGGAGGAGCUCAUGAGCGGACUCGAUCCUGCAUUGAUACAAAUGCUGCUCAAACGCGCCAACCUCGACGAUGCGGCCGCGAAGUCGCCCUUCCCAGAGUCGGCAGAGGCAUCCAGGCCGGCUUACCAAGCACCCAGCAUCGAAGUGGAAGAUACCGAUCGCCCGGUAAACAAAGACACAGAUUCAAAGCCCAAGAAGACAGUAUCGUUUGCCGCAGACCCCGAACCCAGCGGUCCACCCGCAGCAGCGAAACCUCCCGCGCCGUUCUACGACGAAGACGCGCCCCCCGCCGUCCCCCCUCCAGACCUCUUCCCCAUAGACUCGCAACAAGCCCAACAAGCCCACCACGGCCACAAGCACGGCGACCACGAUCACGACCACGACCACGCCGACGACGACAACGGCCACAGCGCGACGCACUUCCCCUCGGCGCCGCCGCUGCCCGACCUCGACCCGGCGGACCCGGACUUCCUCCAGCACCUGCACGACAAGUACUUCCCCAACCUGCCCGCCGACCCGGCCAAGCUGGCCUGGAUGGCGCCCCUGCCGACCGCGCACUCCCCCGCCGACCGCGACUCCCCCUACUACCCGCGCCAGGACUCCCUGCCCGUCUCCCAGCUGCGCUUCGACUUCCGCGGCGCCCUGCUGCCGCCCCGCAUCGCCCGCGCCGUCCCCGCGACCAGGGGCCUGCACCACCACGCCGAGGCCCCCGAGGCCGCGGGCUACACCGUCCUCGAGCUCGCGCGCCUCGCCCGCAGCUCCGUCCCCGCCCAGCGCUGCAUCGCCUUCCAGACGCUCGGCCGCAUCCUCUUCCGCCUCGGCCGGGGCGAGUGGGGCGCCGGCGACGACGAGAUGGCCAUGGGCCUCUGGCGGUGCUUCCAGGAGGGCCGCGUGCUCGAGACGUUGAACGAGGCCGCCGCCGUGGAGGAGGGCAGGGGCCACCAGGGCGCGAGGGCGUACGCGAUCGAGGCCGUCUGGCUGUACGAGAAGGGCGGGUGGAGGGAGCGGUGGAGAGGGAGGUGA